GUAUACAGACCGCUUUUCAGUUUUCAGAUUGUGUUGAUGCUGGUAGUUAACUCGUUCUUGCAUUUAAAUUAGCCUAUCAAAUAGAAAUCAAAUCAUUAUAUUAACGGUUUUGUUUUCACUUGCGAGGGGAAGUAUUGUCUGUUUUAGUGCUGAACCCAUUCCUUUCUCUCUCGAUUUUCUGUGAACCAGAAAAUAACAAUUGUUACAUUUGUUCAUUGAAAUCUGCCGUUACUGUGAUGUCUCGUAAUGUUACAAAUGACCAGCGUUACAGCGAAGGUGAAUUAUCUGAUAGUCCAGAUUUCCAAACAGUAAAAGAAGGUGAUGAAUAUGAAUCAAGUUUGUCACUAUCUGAAGAAGAACAAAAUUGUGAUACACUUGCAAUCAAGCCACCUCAACCUCAGGCUGACUACUCUGGAGAGGAUAGGGCAAGAAAACGUAAAGAGCUGAGCUCUAGUUACCACCAAAUUACCGGUCAUCAUAGUUCAAGUAGAGCCAUUAAAAGCAAAACAAAAGAGUCAAAAAAGGAUGUUCACAGAAUGGAAGGAAAAGAAAGACAUGAUUCAAAAUAUGAAGACAGACGUGUUAAAGAUACUAGAAAGGAAGAUCUCAGAGAAAGACUUGAAAGAGACAGGAGAUCCAGAAAGAGCAAAGAUCCUGAAGUGCAUUAUGAAAGUAGAUAUUCUGAAGGAAAAAGACAACACGACAUGCGAGGAGCAAGAAAAAGUGACUCAAGAUUAAGCAAGCCUGACAGCAAUGAAUUUGAUGUAGCAAAAAUUGAUAUUGAAGAGCACAUUAGCCAUAAAGAAAUAAAGAAAAGAAAAAAACAAAUGGAUCGCAAUGUUGUACUUAGCAGUCCAGAAGAUGUGCAGGUAGAAGCUGAGACCAGGACAGUUAACAAAGAAAAUUUGCGUGCUUCCAAAGCCUCUGAAGAUAGCUGCGAUGAAGAUAUCAUCUCAUCAGGAAGUAGUUCUUCAAGAUCUUCUACUAUUCACGAAGAAGCUUUUGCUGUUCUGCAAGGAAGUACAACUCCUACAAGUCCCAACUUGUCACGUGGAGAUCGUGAACUCUAUAAAGAACCUGAGCAAAAACGCAAAAAGAACGAAUCCGGUUCAGUUGAAGAACUGAAUAGUGUGGAAAUAACACACACAUCAUUAGAUACCAUGGAAAAUAAAGAAGAGCUUCCGCCUUACUUACCGGCUAUUAUGGGAUGUCGCAGCGUUGGUGAAUUUCAAUGCCUCAAUAAGAUUGAAGAGGGCACCUAUGGAGUAGUUUACAGGGCUCAAGAUAAAAGAACCGAUGAAAUUGUUGCUUUAAAACGCCUUAAAAUGGAACGCGAAAAGGAAGGUUUUCCUAUAACGUCUUUACGUGAAGUCAGCACUUUACUAAAGGCGCAACAUGAAAAUAUUGUUACCGUUCGCGAAAUUGUGGUAGGAAGCAAUAUGGACAGUAUUUUUAUGGUGAUGGACUAUGUAGAACAUGACCUAAAAUCACUAAUGGAAGUGUUAAAAUCCAAGAAACAAUCUUUCUUACCUGGUGAGGUCAAAUGUUUACUCCAACAAUUAUUGCGUGCUGUGGCUCACCUUCAUGACAAUUGGAUUUUGCAUCGAGAUUUAAAAACAUCAAAUAUUCUUUUGAGUCAUUCGGGAAUCCUUAAAGUAGGAGAUUUUGGCCUUGCUCGAGAGUAUGGUUCACCUCUGAAGGCGUAUACGUCGAUUGUUGUAACAUUGUGGUAUCGGGCACCGGAGCUGCUACUUGGAAUCAAGGAAUACUCAACUCCUAUCGACGUUUGGUCUGUUGGGUGCAUUUUCGGAGAACUUCUUACUCUUGAUGCCAUUUUUCAAGGGAAAUUUGAAGCCGAUCAGAUAAAUAAAAUAUUCAAGGAGCUAGGAACUCCGAACGACAGCAUUUGGCCGGGGUACAGUGAAUUGCCUUUUGUUAAAAAGGCAUCAUUCGCAAAUAAUCCUGUUAGCAAUUUACGCAAAAGAUUUUCAUCGCGGCUAAGCGAACUGGGAGUGGACUUAAUGCAAAAAUUUUUGACGUACGAUCCUGCAAAGCGCAUUUCUGCUGAAGAAGCGUUGAACCAUACCUAUUUGAAAGAGCCUCCUUUUCCUAUACACCCAUCCAUGCUCCCAACUUGGCCUGCAAAAAGUGAGUCGAAUGGAGCCCGUAAAGCACAGAGUCCAAAACCUCCAUCAGGUGGUCGAGCAUACAAACAAUUGAAUGAAGAAGUAGACGUCGACGCCAACACAGGGUUUCACAUGGGUGCCGCACACGUUGAUCGCAGAGCUAACCUUCUAGGUCCAGGAUUUAGCCUGAAAUUCUAAUCGUUUUAUCACAUCAUUAUGACGUUGUAAGAAAAAUAAAAUCCCGUGUUUUUUCUCGUAA